AUGCCCUCCCCGUCCCCAUCCACAAACUACCCCCCUCGAGGCGUAACAGCCUACACCUCAACCUCCGGUCCCAUCCACGCCCCCAACCUCGAAUCCCUCAACCUCCUCCGCGCCCGCCCAGACUACGAAUCCUGCAUGCCGACCCUAACCUCCCCCGAACUCGCAACAGACUGGGACGCCCACUAUCUCCUCCCAAACCCCUACCAGAACCCACCCACCCUCGACUCCGUGACCAACCCCCUCCGCGUCCCCCAGGCCGAAAUUGACGCAAUAUGGGACCCGUAUAAACUCGCCGCCAUGAUCGCGCGUUCCCACCAGGACAUGAAUAUCCUCGACUACAUCAUCAUCGAGGUGCAGAGAGAAAAGUACGACGUGGACCGCAUCCUCGACGACGUGGAGCACAUUACGCCCUCCCGGCAGUACAGGGUCAACCCACAGUGGGACGUAUACAAGCUCCGUGAGGUCUUCUCAAGUCUCCAGAUUGAUGUCGGAAACAAGUUAGGUCGACUUGCUCACGUCGAGGCAGAGUUGCGUCGCAAAGUGCUUCAGCUUAACAGACUUUUAUAA